AAGCGGCCUGUAUCCAGUCGGUGUUAUUUAUCACAACGUAACCAGUAGUUUUGUGUUAUGAUGCACUUGUUAAAAUUACAAGGCGAAACGUGUCAGACACGGUGUGUUAAUAGAAAGUGAAUCUGGUAAGACAAUAAAUAAGUGCGGCUGAACUUUACGGCGACCGUUAGUGCAGAACGUUUCCUCUUUGAUAUUACAUAAUAAAAAGGCCGGAGUCGUCUCUCUCCAGUUACGUACAAUACUGUUUCGCCGGCCAGCUACUGAGUAGGUGAGGAAUUGCCCGCAGCGUUUUUGACACUUGAUCUGAUAUUUGCGGUCUGUCGCACAUUUUCACUUGCCUUUGCUGAUCUGACGGUGAGUAGCAAGAGGUUUUUCGGAGAAAAACAAUAGAUAUCUACGAAAAAGCCUGAAAAUGUCGGGAUAUGUCGUGUUGGUUUUGUGUGGACUGUUUGCUUCCGGAUACGGCCAGUUUUCAGAGACGCGGCAAGUAGAAGAACCGUUUAACGGCAUCGCCGUCGAUGGACCAUUCGCUAUCAAUGUGGAUAUCGGCGAUAAAGAUUCCAUCGUGUUAUCCGGUUCCAACAAGGAUUUCAUCAAGGCCGUGGAGACGGUCGUGGAGAAUGGCACCCUGAAAAUCCGCUUUAACAACUGGGACACAAAGUUCACUGGGAUUCUUCAAAUCGCCGUAACUACUAAAUCCAUUAUAAAUUUGGUGGCGGCCGGUCCGGCUCAGAUUACGUCCCGUAGUAAUAUGAAAGGGCAAGUGUUCCGCAUCGUGGUUAGUGGAUCGGCUCAAGUGAUUGCCAAUAUCGAAGCUAGUACCGUGGUUGUGGUGGUUUCGCAGUCGGCCAGCAUGAUCGGUUCCGUGACCAGUAAGAAUAUCAACGCCGUACUGGCCAACAGUGGCACUAUCACGCUAUCGGGAACUACGGAUAACGCUAACGUUGUGGUCAGCGGUUCCGGAGUGUUCCAUGGGUUCGGCCUGAACGCCGCGACCAUUAGUACAACCGCCAACGGAAGUGGCCAGGCGGAAGUGAACGCCAGCCAGGAAAUAAAAGCGUCAGCCACCGAUGACGCUGUGGUCAGAACGCAGGGAACAAGUAACGUGUCUAAAGAUGAACAAGAUCGAGGAACAGUUCAAUCGGCUUAAUCGGACAAAUGAAUCGGCUUUUGAAGGCAGUUGACGUGGGUAGUUACUGCCAGCGCCUCACCAUAAUUAAUUAUGACAUUACCUGCAACUAAUUUUUAAAUUGAUCUUUUUAAUCCUUUGGUGGUUGCAACGUUAGGUGUGUAGCGUGUGUUCGGCCAAGCUUUAAGCGAACUGCUGCAUUUUAUGGGUCGAAAAAUUCGUGAACUGAGUGGAGAAGCGCAUUCUACUGCUUUUCUAGAGCAGCGUUUUAGUUUGGCUGUCAAUUAAAGGAAAUGCUCCAGCGGUGUUGCAUAAGUACGUUAUCUUUUAACUCAAGGGAGGACAAAGGUUUUGGUUGUUUUUUCAAUGCUUAAAAUUUUAACUGCAAUUAGUCUGCAAAGAAGUGUGUCCGCGUUUGCGCUUUAUGUUACUUUGAUCGAAUAAUAAUUCAAUAACUGA